AUCCGGUGCUGCAAACAACCCGCUAAAUUUAACUCCAACCUCCUGGUACAACAAGCCCCAAUGUGCUAGACAGGAUAAAAACAACAGUAGAGUUUCAAAGAUGCAACAGUUGCGCACAGAGGCAAGCUUAAUCAAAAAGGAAAAAACAACACACACACACACAAUGCAAGAUUAGUGUAUUGAACAGUGGUGUUUAAAGGUCUUGACUAGGGAGUAAUGCCUUUUAUAGAGGGAUUGGGCCAUUGACAAUAGCUUGAUCUAAAUAACAUGGUAUAGGGAAUUCAUAACAGGUAGUGCUUGCAUUACAUGGAGAUGGUCGUGGUUUGAUGACUUGGACUGAAACUGAAAUUAACAGCCCGGAAAGAAAAACCAACAAGUCCAUUAACAGAUCAAUAAAGAAAUUAGGUGUCCAUCAAAACUUCUGGUGAUGCCAUUGUGACCAGAGAGCAGGACGAAUUGCAUGGUUCCAUCCGAUUGAGAGUAGACAUGGAUUGUACAGUGUUGGAAUUCCAGUGAGGAAACUGACAUGCUGUAAAUUUCAUGUAUCUAUUGUAAACAAAGUGUUGGAGUGUCGUUCUCCGAUGGACAUUUUAUGCUGCUGAUCUAGAGCUUUCAUUAUAAACGCUAAACUGAUGCAGAUUCGUGGAAGAGAUUUUUGAUGCAGAAAUUAUGUUCUGGAAAUCUGCCUGUUUGGAAUAUGUACUAGAGAUGUAAGAGAUGCCUACAGACUCGGGAAAUAUGAGUCGAGCCGCCCUGAGCAAGCACAUGAACCUGGAGCAUCUCAGUGAUGAAGAAUGCGAGAAAAUUCUGCGCGUUUUACAGAAAGAUUUCGAGCUACGUGACAAAGAGAGAGAACGGCUACAUAAAAUAGAGGAAAGUUUGAAAGAGGAGGAGGAGAAAACUGAGGUGAUAGCGGUCAAGACGAAAUUAAAUGAGGAAGUCUGUGUACGAUGCUGUCAGAAGUUUGGGAUCAUCUUCAAUCGGAAGCAGCUGUGUCUUACCUGUAAACACUACGUCUGCAAACGCUGUGCCGACUAUAAUGAUAAUGAAAAGGGCUACACCUGCCAUGCCUGCAUCAAAGAAAGGGAAUUGAAGCUGAAGUCUUUUGAAUGGUUUUACAACAAUGUCAGCAGCAAAUUCAAAAGAUUUGGGAGUGCCAAGGUGGUGCGGUCUUUAUACAAGCAGAGAGGGGCAAGGGGACGA